UAGACCUACCUCCCCCCUCCCGCCGCCGUUCUGAUCCAUGUUCGCCGCCGGUAGAUCUGUGUCAAUUUGCUUCGAUUUUGAUCCAAUUUUGUCCUUGUUUCUUUUCAAUCUGCAACGUCUGACCCACCCAGGAGAGCAGGGUCAUGCGGAGUAGAUCAUCGGAGAGUCGGAGAUGAGCGGCGGCGCCAGGCGGUUCGUAAAUCUGGGGGUGUAUGACCAGCUGAAACGCGUCUAUUCGCUGCGGCGCCUGGACCUCUCCAAGAUGGAAUUUUUUCACCAAUCGGCAGAAGAGACGGCCGCGCAUGCGAAGGUGGUGCCAAGACUGACGCCCGCCAAGGCCUGGGCGCCCAACAGGAGAAGAAGCUUCAAGGCUGCUUUGGCGGCGGCGGAGGCGGCGGCGCCCAAGAUCAAGUCUCCAAAAAGCCAGGUAACCAUGAGGCCGCCGGUAGUCUCGUCCUCCCUGCCGACCAAUCAUGUCAUUCAUUUCUUCCCCACCGCGUCGGAGAACAAGGUCAUCUUGGGGGACCGCGCCAACAACCUGCUCCGCUUUGACGCGGGCGAGCACCGCCGCUGCAUCGACAGCAUGCCAAACCUCCACCAGCACAAGGACUCGCCGCUGGCCAUCGCCGUCCAUCCGUCGGCCUUGCACCUCCAUGACGGCGAAGACGCGGGCGACCUCUACAUCAUCGAUCAGGUCCUACAUCCGGACACGGCGGAAUCGCGGCCGCAGUUCGAGGCCCUGCUGUGGAGGGGGCGCCGCCCGUCCGCCGCAUGUCGCAGGUCCUGGCACUGCGACAUCCUCCCACUGCCCCCGUGGAUCAUCCACCACAAGCACGCCUUGGUCUACGGGCACGCCCUUGUCGGCGGUGACACCAUCUGCUUCUCCAUCUCCGGCGCAGAGGGCACCGGCACCUACUGCUUCCACACCGCGACUCGCGAGUGGAGCAAGGCCGGCGACUGGAUCAUGCCGUUCAAUGGCAAAGCCGAGUACGUCCCGGAGCUCGGGCUCUGGUUUGGCCUCUCACGCCGCCUCCCCAUCGCUGUCGACCUCUCCGGCGUUGUCAGAGGGGAGGAGCCGCCGCCAGAGAAGUUGCGGAUCUGGGAGGAUGAUGACCUGCCAGAGGAGUGGCAGCCGAAUGAACUGUGGGACUCCAAGAUCAUCAGCCUCGGCUCAGGCAGGUUCCUCUUUGCUGACUUCUUUAGUGACAUGAAAUUCGACAAGGACAGCAGCGAGAUGGUUCCUGGCCAGCAAUUUGCCCUCUUUACUGGUAUGGAGGUAGUGUACGGCAAUGGCAAUGGCAAUGGCGCCAACAAAGACAGUUUCAACUACAAUAGUGGCAACAAUGGUACCGGCAAAGACGAUGGCACCAAUGCCAACAACGGCAGCAAAGGCAAAGGGACGAUUCGUGGCCUUCGUAUGAUUAAGCACAAGUCCAAACGCUACAUGUUUAAGAAGCAGCUGAGCAUCGAGGCGGUGCUCUGAAUGAUUAAGGAGAUAUCAGUUCAGUUUACUCUUGCUGAUCUUUGUUUCUGCUCCCUGUUUACAGCAAGUAGUGCUGACUCUAGUGUUAAGUCAAACUUAAUUAGUAGGUACAGUACCAUCCUGUGGUAUGAUGAAACGCACUGUAAAUUGUACCUCCCUGGUGUU